UGCACAGCAGAGUUCGAGAUUCCGAGGCGGUGCGAGGCGGCGAGGACGGCCUUCUACUCGAUGGGCGCGUUCUGGAUCUUAUCGACACCAUGGCGAUGGAAGAGAGUGGUAUUCCAGGGAGCAGUGAUGGGAGCGAUCCUGUCGGGAAUGGGGUGCUUCAUGCUUUCUGAGGCUCAACGCCGGCGAUUAGACCGCUGCUUGGCCAGUCUUGUGCGCAUUGCGAUGGCAGGCGGAGCAACUCAGCGGCUCGACGGUGGCGGCGUGGAAAGCACGGCGACGGGGCAGGUGCCGGCGUGCCGGAAGCUGGCGGAUACGAAGACAGAGUUAUUGGUGCGCAGGCUGAGGUUGUACCAGAGUUGGGCUCGACGACAUUGGCAUCGCGCGCGGCUGCUCUCCGCGCUCUUCGUUGAUCUACCUGGCAUCAACGCUGUGGCGCCCUGCACGGAUCAUGGGCUUUUGCGGUCUGCAUCUCCGUGGACAGCGCGAGGGGGGACAGACGUGGCCGAAGCAGACAACGCGAUGGAAGACGACGCCGAGGACCUGGGGGAUCUCAGUCAGGCACGUUGGACACUGGAGGCAGACCGUGAUUUGGCCAAACAGUUUGUGCUAUUGGAUUUUGCUAAGGUGCGUGCGAGCAAGCACGCGGUAUCUGUGCCACCUCCAGGGGCGCAGCAAGCCGAGCGGGCAUCAGACCACGCCGGCGCAGAUCACGACGAGGAAGACUGCUUGAGGAACAUAGUCGUAUGCGGCGUGAGACUGGAAGACGGCAGCCUUUGCAUUGAGAGGUUCCCGACGCGCAGGCAGCUGCUGCGCCAUCAGCGUAGCGCGCAUGAUGUUCGAAACCUGUGCCACAUUCUGACAAAGAACAGCCGGUGCGUCGUCUGUGAGCGGAUAUUCGUGGGACAGAGGUCAGCAGCAAAGCAUCUGGAGAGGAGUGUGCAGAGGGGAUGGCAUGGAAGGUGUGAGAGCAGAGCUAUUCGGGCACUGCAAGUUCCUGUGUCGUUCUCGUGCGACCUGUGCGAGUUUGAGGGUGGGAGCUGGGGCGACUUCACUGCGGAUAAACCUGGGCAGCGAAGCGAUGGCAGACGACGUCGGGAUGCCAGGCUGAAGCGAGGUGCGGACCCGACUGGGCCCCCUGGAUCGGAUGGGGCACGACCGCCCAUGGAGAACAAGCUGAAGGGAAAGGGCGGCGGCGAUGGCGGGAACCAUGGUGGCGGCGGCAGGGGCGCUGGAGGCAUGGCCGACCUGUGCAAGGCGACGGCGAAGCUCUAUGGCAGCGGCGAGGCAGUCAGCGAGGCCAAGGGCAUGCUGGGCGAGGAGCUGGUGCGAGGAGGGCAAGAGUGCGACGCGGAGAGCAAAGAGAUGAAGGCCGGGCAGAUCAAGGGCGAGGCAGUAGAUUUCAAGACGCGGGGCAGCCCUUGCAUUCGCAUCUCCUGCAAAGCGGUGCUUUGGGCAGUGGGGCGGACGGGGCCGCGGAGCGACGCGGCGACCCAGAACCCGACGGUGCACAAUAUUCUCAUGCUGUGCUGGAAGGAGCACGUGAUGGUGAGGUCCCCCAAGCAGCUGGAGUACGAUUGCUUCCAGUUCCAUUGCCGCAAAAGCAGGGCGGGCGACGACAAAGAGGAGAAGGGCGGCGUACUGUCGAUGGCCUUCGCGAGGCAGGGGGCGGGCUCAGUGGUGGGGCCCACCUUGUGGACGUGCAUCAAGGAGCUGGGGGCGCUCGCGGGCGCGGCUCCACGGGGGCCACUCGAACGCGAGGCGUCGAAGUGCCUGGCGGCGGUGACGGGAAAGGCAAAAGGGGGCCUGAGUGGACUUGAGUGCAACGAGAGGCUGCGCGACUUGAUUUAG